UAAACCCCUAUCUAAGGCUUAAUCAACCAUCGCAUUCACAGUGCUCCCAAACCCCAAGAGCUGAGUCAUGGAGGCGGCAGGCACGGAAGCGGACGCUGGUACGGAGGAGCCCAGAAAGACGAACAAGAAGGCAAAGAAAGCAAAGGUUAAGAAAGACAAAUGGGGGCAGCCACUGCUCGUCCCUGUCGACGACGCCGAACAAGCGAGUGAAGACGAGCAGUUUCAGUGGACCGUUGGGGAGAAGGCGGUGGUGCCGGAAGAAGGUACCGAAUCUCAUGAACUUACCAAGGUGAUAGUCAGCGGUAUGCCCUACUCCGCGACUGAGAAACAGAUCAGGGACUUGUUCAAGGACAUCGGUCCCGUCGCUCAGCUUCAGCUCUCUCGAUUCCCAGACUCUGGAAACUUCCGUGGCCUCGCCUUUGUCACUUUUCAGGAGGAGGAGAUGGUAACAAAUGCACUCGAAUUGGAUGGAACUAAAAUGGGAAACAGGUUUAUAAAGGUGGAACGGUGCAGAAUUUGUCCUCAGAGAAAGAGGAAAUUUGGGUUUCAGGAUGAACCAAAGAAAGUUGAGGGAUGCUUCUCGGCAUACGUUGGCAAUCUCUCAUGGGACGUUACUGAAGAUGAUAUUAGAGACUACUUCAAAGAUUCUAAGAUUUCUUCGGUGAGAUUAGCUUUGGACAAGACUUCUGGUGUGUCUAGAGGCUUUUGCCACAUUGAUUUUGAAGACGAUGAGUCCCUGGAGGAGGCUAUGAAGAAGAAUCAGCAUGAAUUCCAUGGAAGGGCAGUGAAAAUAGCCUAUGCAAUUAGCAACAGGAACUGAAAUAGGCAUGAAAGCAAGUGGUCUAUGCUUUCUAGGAUCCGGCAAACCAUGGGAUAGUUCAAUUUACAUGGUCAAAUUGCUUGUUAGAACACUUGGAAUAUGGAAAGGCGUCUCUCUUUUUUUUUGCCUGGCAUGAAACUCAAAUUCCAACCUGUAUAAUUAUAGUAGUUGAUCUCGUCUGAAAGUUGAGAAGACAAAAUGGUCAAAAUGAUGUCAUUGAAAUAUUGAUCGAGU